AUGCCAGAGCUCGUCGAUGCAUAUCUCGAAUGGCGGUACCCACCGUCCGAGUACACCGCCUCCACGUCCACAUCUGAUACGAAUGCUUCGCGCUCAACCAGUCGUCCUCAUUCCAAUCACCCAGCAUCCCAGAACAGCCCCGCUGCACCACACGCCACGUCAUCACCUUCACCUCGGGCAUCAUCGCCAUCUGCUGUGACCUCUGGUACGUCAACCCACCGUCCUCUCGCCUCUGCUCCGUCAUCACCUCCGGAAAUCAACUUGGGCGAGUCUGCGACGCCGUCGGCUCCACCGGCCGUCUCCGUUCACGCGCAGUCCUCGCCGGAUACGCCGGAAGUUGACCAGGAAACGCGCGUGGGCGAGUACGACUUCACCAUCGAUGUAUUCAAUAUUCAAACUCUUCAGCAAAGCGUCCGCAUACGUUGCCCGGCAGAGAUGACCUCCGGUGCCAAGGCGCUCGUACUACACGGUUACCUCGGAACAUCGCCUCUGAAGCCCUCCCUGGCGAUUGCCCUCGAAACGUUAGAACACCUGCGACGUAUCCGACUAUUCAGUGCUUCUUACAGCGUGGAGGCCUUCACAAAACUGCUCUGCUAUUACUACAACAUCACCUAUCGUCGUCGGUUCCGGCUCGCUGUUGCCGACGCCUUCGACAUCUACCUCGGCAUUCUUCGAGCUGUGCGAAGCCGAGUGCGUACAGCGCUCGCUGAGGACAGUCCCAACUGGCGGGUGUUGAACGCCUGCCCCGCCUGCGCCUUCGAACUCGAGGACGAGCCAUCGCUUCGCUGGUCAAGGAUGUUUUGUCUUGACGGCAACAACUCACUCAAACGCAUGGCCCCCACGGAGAAACACAAGCGCGGGGACAUGCGCGUCCUGGACGACAGUGACUACUUCUUCUCUCAAGAGUAUGUUGAUAGCUUUGCGCACGAGGUGAAGUCCCGAGGCCAACCUGCUGAUGCCAACGACUCCGAGGACGACGAGGGUACCCCCGCCGAUGCCGUGCCUGACGACUCGCCACUUGCUUCGUGCACGCGCAACUGGAAGGCUGCGGCCGGUGAGGCCAAGAAGAAGAUGUGGGGUAUCUUCGACGAGAGCGGGAUCUUUGCAAGUGCCUGUCCCCAUGGCCUCAUCCUUUGGCUCGCCGACAUGGUCAAGAGCGGGGAGUUGGCCAAGUAUCCAUUGUCUAUGACGGCCAAGGCGCUCGAGGUUUUCGAAGGCGCCCACCUUGAAGCCUACGACAUCGGCUGCUCAUAUGGGGAGACCAUUCGUCGAAGCCGGCUCGGGGCUGAAUUCAAACGUCGACACUGUCGAUCGUGCGUGAACGCCUUCCAUGGCUAUACGCACAACAUCGCGUGCCAGUGCACGCAUCACCCGAACGUUAUCGAUGGAAUGGGCCUGGAGGACAUGGAGACACUGGAGCGUAUCUUCAGCGCGUCGAACCACCUGGCGUCGAUCACACGUUACGCGACCCCUUACCGUCGUCGGCUCUUUAUCAAACAAUUCUUCCAGCAGUGGGACGACGACAAAUACGCGAACUUGAGCCAACACAUCUAUGACCGGCUGGUCCAGGCGAACGACAUCAUCACCACCGAGGCUCUCCCGCUAGCGGAGAUGAUGGCUUUAAACCACGUCAACCUCGCCACGGUCCAUCACUGGUACAAGGAAGAGCGUGAGUACUUCGAGACCCUCGGUAAGGAGCUGCCGUGGGACGUCCACGCGAUGGCGUACGUCGAAGCCCUCCAGGCGUUACAGGUCGCCCAGGAGAACUUCAACAAUUCUAACGGCGAGUUCCUCGCGUCGGUCCCCGACGGGUAUCAGUUCCUUCCUCCCAGUGACAGCCCGAUCCUCGACUACAACAAGGAGGCUUCACGCACGCGGCGCCUCGAGACGGAGAAGAGGAUCCGGCGGGAGCACCUCCAGUCUGCAGAACACGAGGUCGCGGUUCUGGAGGUGCAGAUGGGCAUCGCAAAACGAUGGCAGGCGUCGGAUCCGGAGUAUAUGAGCACUGUACGAUAUGUUUCGCAGAGGAAGUACCACCGGGCCCUUGACAAGUUACAAGGCCUGGUCGUACAACGUCUCUUUGAGCUGCAUAAGCUCAACCUCCAACACACAGGUAAACGAUGCAAGGCCAUACGAAAUGCCGUCAAGACAUACAACGCUGCCGCCGCCGCCCUGGACCCUCCACGUCCAACUGUGGACUGGGAGAGAGUGUCUCAUUACAGCUUCCUCGAGGAGUUCUCGCUUCUCCACGAUACUCGUGAAGAUGUGCGGAAGAAGCCGUGGGCAACCAGUACUGGCCGAGAAAUCAUCCGGCGCAGCCGCCGUAUCGAGCGUGCGCGCGAGCAAGUGGUACGGUCGUGCGUUGAAGCUCGCCGCUUGUACUCAUCGAUUGCCGACGAGAAUGCGAGGUUCACGCGGGUUCUUGAGACACUUACGAAGGAGAAUUCGCCCGUGCUCGGACCUGUGCUCGACUACAUCGGGCGGCGCACUACCGCAAACGCUCAUCAUCUGGUCCGACUGAGGCAGAUCGAGGCGCUGUCGGCAUUCGAUGGCAAGCUCAAGUGUGGCCGACGCAAGGGCAGUGAGGCAGACAGUGCGCCGUCGCAACCUCCGACAGCAUCUCUGCCUGUCGUCGCGGAGCCGGACGAAGACGAUGAUCUCGCUGAGACAGAGCCGGAUGACGCGGAGGGAGACAUUGGGGGCCUCGUUGAUUACAUAUCGUCUACUUGA